AUCAACAAUGUUGGCUGGCUUAGCGUUACUUAUCGCUGCCCUCUGUCUGGUGGUCGGAAGCGCCGAAGACACUAAAAAUGUGAUUCACACAACUUCCGGGGAUGCUAGGGGCAUCAUUCGUUCGACAACGACUGGUCCAGUGCUAACCUUCUUGGGAAUACCGUUCGCCGAGCCACCAAUCGGAGAACGUCGCUUCAAGAAACCAACUCCCAAGCAGCCCUGGCAAGGCGUGCUCAACGCCACCUCGCUACCACCAAUGUGUCCGCAGAUUCCCGCUCGAAUUAACAGCUUUUUCGCAGUAACAGAAGCGGAUCCCGUCUCUGAAGACUGCCUCUUUCUCAACAUCUUCAAGCCUGUUCGAAGUAGCGAUUCAACUUCGAGGCCCAUAGUCGUGUACAUUCACGGAGGAGCGUUUACAUUUGGAGGAAUUGCGAUGAAGAUGUUCGAUGCGUCCGAACUGGCAGUGCGAGGAGACCUUGUCGUCGUCACUAUAGCGUACAGACUGGGACCUCUUGGGUUUCUGUACAUUCCGGGCACCGAAGAUGCGCCUGGCAACAUGGGUUUGUACGACCAGCAACUUGCUAUGCAAUGGGUCAAGGACAACGCUCGUUCCUUAGGCGGCGACCCUAACGCUAUAACGGCAAUGGGUCAGAGCGCCGGAGCCAUCUCGAUCGGUUUCCAUCUCUCGUCGCCAAGCAGCGCCGGUGUCUUCCAGCGUGCCUUCAUGCAAAGUGGCAGCCCGUUCAUCAGGGCUUUCGUAAGUAGCCUGGCGCAGGCGAAAGCCAGGGCAAACAUGCUCACCGACUACCUCGACUGCAAGAAACGGGACUCACGCGAGCUUUCCGGUACUGAGGUGGUCACGUGCUUGCGAUCCAAGAACGUCAGCGAUAUACUGGAAGCCGCGGAGAGUUUCAAUACCGCCGGACUCGACGGAUUCUUUCCGGUCUUGGGUGUCGCCUUCGUGCCGGAAAAGCCCGGCAAAGCGCUUGCGCUGUCCCCACCGAUCGCACGUGACAUCCUGGUGAGUGUUUGCGCAGCGGAGGGGGACUUCUUCAUCGAGCAUCUGCUCACGAACGUCAACAAUAUCGACAACAUUGACAUUGUCACCAAACGCCACUUGGCAGUAAUUAUGAAAGUACUACUGGGUGCGAUUGCGAUCUUCGACACCGAGCCUAUCCUGAAGCGCUACUUCGACCCGGUUACCGCAAAGAAAGGCGUCGAUGUUGUUCGCGCUGCCUCCGAUCUCUUCGGUGACUUCCUUUUCGGCUGCCCCGCGCUAAGCGUUGCCCGCGAACUUUCAGCUGCGAAUGUGUCGGUGCACGUUCUUCGUUACUCCGAGCAGCUCUCCUUCCUCGACUGGCCCGAGUGGAUUCGACCGACGCACAGCGACGACAUUGUGUUCAGCUUGGGCUCAGCUCUCAGCCUACCCGGUCGACCUUCGGCCGCGGACGUCAAGGCAACCGAGAACAUGAUAAACGUCGUCUCGACUUUCAGCCGCACGGGUGUUCCGAAAGUCAUCGACGGCACUACGUGGCGAAGAUUUGAUGAAGAUGGACACUACCUGCACAUAAGAAAUGGAAGCAAUGUCCAGGAGAGGCACUUCCUCAAUUCCACGUGCGAUGUAUGGCACAAACUUUUACCUGAUCAAUAAAAAGAAACCGCUUGUCGUUGUUUGAUUUCAUAAACAAACUUAGCGACUAGGCUUUCAACGCGAGAAUUGUUAGCAAAAUGGCGGAAGUCGCAAUCAUUCAACUGAGAUUGAACGUAGGCAGUACUGAGGUUAUAUAAGCGGAUAACCAACAUUGCUAACCAUGCAGCCUGUGUGGUUUAGACACUUAAAACCCGAGAAACGUAAAUAUCACUUCUUCAAAAUACGAAUUCGUCGUUUUUUUUUUUUAUCAUGUAAUCGUGCCUACGCUCAGAAAUAAAGGAAUAAGAAGCCCACUUUGACAGGUAUG